CACUGACAGUUGUAAUGAAUUCCCAGCUAAUCUUCUAUUUACUGCAGUAUAAGAACUAGCGUCUAGCGUUACUUACUGUUCUUGCUCUUGUCCAUCUCCUUGGAAUGGACAAGCUACCGAUAUAUUCCCCACCGGUCGACCGGCUGCGACCAAGGCGGAACAGGUUGACACUGACACUUACAUUGUGUUGCCUAUCUGCAGCCGCCUUUCUUUUAUCUCUGUCCCAGCUCGCAUUCUUGGGGGGACCAUCCGUUCAACUCCCCCUCCAUGCUGAGCAGAUACUGCAGAAAUGUCAGAUGCUCCACGCAAAACCUGGCCCACCUCCCAACUUUCACCAGCGUACCCAGUCUGACCGUUUCGCCGAAGGAACCCGCGCGACUCUCAUUCGAAACGCGUCUAUUUGGACUGGAGAUGAUGAAAUCUCCCAGGGGGACAUCUUGCUCGACAAGGGCAUCAUCAAAUUUCUUGGACAUGCAAGCCCGGAUAUGUUCAGCGAGUUUAAGGACUUGGUCACUUUGGAUGUAGGCGGAAGUUGGGUCACACCUGGUAUAGUUGACCUUCAUUCCCACCUGGGCGUUGACAGCGCCCCAGCCCUCAAUGGCGCAGACGACACCAACUCAUUGAAGGGUCCUGUCCUCCCGUGGCUCCGCAGCCUCGAUGGGCUCAAUACGCACGACGAUGCCUACAGACUUAGCAUCUCCGGUGGCGUAACUACCGCAAAUGUUCUCCCUGGCUCCGCUAAUGCCAUUGGCGGUCAAGCCUUCGUUAUCAAGCUUCGCCCCACUGCAGAACGCUCUCCCUCGUCUAUGCUUCUUGAGCCACCUUAUACCCUCAAUGGCACGCAUGUUGAUCCGACCUUGCCUCCACGAUGGAGACAAAUGAAGCACGCGUGCGGCGAGAAUCCCAGUCGUGUCUACGGUAACACGCGUAUGGACACUUUCUGGGCUUUCAGACAGGCAUAUGACACGGCUCGCCAGCUUAAAGAGCAACAGGAUGCAUAUUGUACCCGCGCGCUGGCUGGUGAAUGGGAAAACCUCGGCGAGUUCCCGGACAACCUACAGUGGGAAGCGCUUGUCGAUGUGCUGCGUGGACGUGUCAAGAUCCACACACAUUGUUAUGAGGCGGUUGAUUUAGACGACUUUGUCCGUCUUACGAACGAAUUUCAAUUCCCCAUUGCUGCGUUCCACCACGCUCAUGAAACAUACCUAGUCCCGGGAACUCUCAAGCAGGCGUAUGGCAACACCCCUGCGGCAGCCAUGUUCGCUACGAACGCCCGGUACAAGCGUGAAGCGUACCGCGGGUCUGAAUUCGCUCCGCGUAUUCUGGCUGACAACGGGAUCGACGUUGUGAUGAAGAGUGAUCACCCUGUCCUUAACUCCCGCUUCCUGCUCUACGAGGCGCAGCAAGCGCACAUGUACGGCCUUCAGGCGAACCUCGCUCUUGCAGCUGUCACCUCGACGCCCGCGCGCAUUAUGGGGCAAGACCAUCGGAUUGGAUUUGUCCGCGAAGGGUAUGAUGCCGAUCUUGUCGUAUGGGAUAGCCACCCUCUCGCGUUGGGCGCAACGCCGCAACAAGUCUGGAUUGACGGCAUCCCCCAGCUGUCUGAGCCCGCUGUCUCCUACAAACCCGUGUCCUUCCAACAAGUCCCGCGCACACCAAACUUCGACCUCGAGGCUGCUGCGGCCAUUAAGUAUGAGGGUCUCCCACCCCUGAUGCCGAAGAAGGCAAAAGAUUUGGUGGUGUUUAUGAAUAUAAGUAGCAUGUUUAUGGCGGAUGGAAUAGGUGGUGUAAUGAAUGUGGUUGAAGGAGGGGAGAGUGUGGUGGUAGUCAAGAAGGGAGUGAUGCAAUGCUGGGGCAUUGCGACUAAUUGUGCGAACCAAUUCCCCCCGGAAGAUGCUGAGUGGAUCGACCUCGAGGGCGGUUCUGUCGCUCCUGGCCUUAUCUCUUACGGCUCUCCACUCGGAUUAGAAGAGAUUCAGGGCGAAAAGUCCACGCACGACGGCAAUGUCUUCGACCCUCUCAUCGGCUCUGUGCCAAGCAUUCUCGCGGAGAGCGAGCCCAUUAAAGCUGCGGAUGGUCUCCAGUUUAGUGGGCGUGAUGCGCUCCUCGCCUACCGCGCAGGUGUCACAGUAGGUAUCACCGCGCCGAGCUCAAAUGGCCUCAUUGCGGGGCUGAGUACGGCGUUCAGCACCGGUGCAGCUCACAGACUCCAGGAUGGGGCUGUCAUCCAAGAUGUUGCGGCACUGCAUGUACAAAUUGGUCACUCAAACAAAGGACCGAGCGUCAGCACGCAAAUCGCAGCAUUGAGGAAUAUACUGCUGGGUAAUCAGAGCGGCAGCAGGUUUGCAGAGGCUGCAGAGGGCACAAUACCCCUGGUCGUGCAAGUUCAAAACGCGGAUAUCAUUGCCUCGCUUAUUGAGCUGAAGAAAGAGGUCAAGGCAUCCACCGGCACUGACAUUCAGCUCACUAUUGCAGGUGCUGCUGAGGCCCAUCUCCUCGCGAAGGAACUCGGUGAGGCGGGUGUUGGUGUCAUCGUCACGCCUUCUCGUCCCUUCCCUAAUGACUGGGAAUCGAAGAGGAUAUUGCCUGGUCCGCCGUUGACCAAGGAGAGCGCGAUUACCACCCUCUUGGCUCACGGUGUCACUGUUGGUGUCGGUAUCGUAGAGCAGUGGAGUGCCCGCAGCACACGCUUCGAUAUAGCAUGGGCUGCUCUCGAGAGUGAUGACAAGAUCUCAAAGGAACAAGCUCUCGCACUUGCAUCAGUCAACCUCGAGAAGCUGUUAGGAGUCAAACCCUGUGGAAGACUCUGUGACAUGGUCGUAACCCGUGGCGGCACAGUCCUCGACUUGGAAGCCAAAGUCGUCGGCGUGGUCUCACCUCGCAGGGGCCUCGUGGACCUAAUCUAG